UUGUUUGCUGACUGCAGACGGACAGCUGCGAACUAGGGGGCAAGAAGCAGCCGUAGCAGGACCAUUUUCUGGAUUUGGAGCACAAUUCAGCUGUUUUCUACCCCAUCCCCGCUGCUCCCAGCACAGACACACUAAUCAGCCUUGCUGUCCUUAAAGGAGGGAGGGAAAACCUGAAUUCCUGUUUCCAUCACUCAGUAUUUUUAACCCCCACCAAAGUUUUACUGAUAAGAAAGGAUGAACGCCCCCACCCUAUAAUAGAGUUGGAAGGAUGAAUAGGAGUGCACGUUAACUUACAAGAUCCAACUGCGUCUCUGGUGGGCAUCUUAUUGGGGGUCUUUUUGAAAGGGCGUGGGAGAAAUUAGGCGUUAUACAAACUUUACAGUUGACUGUUUAAAUGUAAGCCCUGCGGGGCGGGGGGCAGGGUUGCACAAAAACCCUUUAAGAACAGACAUUAUUCUUCAGCCUCUUUUUUGAGGGCGGGGGGAGUAGACUUUUGGGGAGCGCUAUAAGGAAGGUUGUUUCUCCGUGAGAGAUGAAGAGCGCCAGACGCUGGAUGUGGGAGUGGAAGACCCUAUAGAAAGAUAAUGGCAGCAAGUUUAUUUGUCUUUUAAAAAGAAGGAAUCCUAACUGUGUAUUUUAAAAAGAAAAGCAGCAAAAAAGCCAGAAGAGGCAAGGAAAAUAUGCUGAGGACAGAAAUAGAAGAAGAGAUGGGACAUCCACAUGCUUAUUAAGUUUUGCUUUGCGAACGGCGGAAGAAGGUUGUCAAAUUGGCUGAAAGAACGAGUUCUCAAUCACGUGUCACAUGGAACUAACAUCAAGUUAGAAACCUGAUAAGAUACAUUAUCAUCAGAUAUUCCCUGGGCUUAAUACCAAGGGAGAACUUUUCUUUUAAAGCAACUACAAGAAGGGGACAACACAAAAGCUGAUUCUGCUUGAGGCUGCUGUCCUGCUUUCUCUACACUUUUCUAGUCUUAGUGGGUGAUGUUACAGCAUCUUUAACAUUCAGACCCUAAUACUCUACUAGUUAACAGGCAGGAACAUUUGAGAACAAUCAUGGAUGAUUAUGAUAUCAGGUCUGCUGCCAGCAUUUUGGCAUCUGUUAAAGAGCAAGAGGCUCGUUUCGAGCGGCUCACCCGUGCACUUGAAGAAGAGCGACGCAAUGUCUCCUUGCAGCUUGAACGUGCUAAUCAGCCCUCAGAACGAAUGAGCAUGUGCAACAUUGGCAAUGGUCAGCCACUGGCAACUGCGUGGCAGCAACUUGUCCUGCAGGAGCAAAGCCCCAGCAACCAGACAUCAAUAACAAUGAUGCAAGAGCCUCAGGAGAUGGUAGAGGAGACUGUUACUGUUGAGGAAGACCCGGGUACCCCUACUUCCCAUGUGUCUAUUGUGACUUCAGAAGAUGGAACCACAAGGAGAACUGAGACUAAGGUCACAAAAAUGGUCAAAACAGUCACCACUAGAACAGUACGCCAGGUCCCCCUGGGGCCUGAUGGCCUGCCUGUAAUGGACAGCUCCUCUCCCAUGGGCAGCUACACAGAUUCAAUAGACAGAAGAUACAUGAAGAAUGGUGAGCGUUACAUCACACCACAAGCUUCGUCCACGUUGACCAGAUCUUACAAUAGCUACGAUUCUUAUCCCGAAGGCCACGAUAGCCAGUAUCGCCCCUUUAUCAGCCACGAUGGCUACGGAGACCUAGCUGACAAUUAUGGCAGCUUGUCCCGUGGCAUCAACUACCGUCCUCGCUAUGCUUACAUGCCAGGAAACAGUUACCGGCCAGAGGAUGGUAGUUUCACCUUGCCAAGCAGAAGGGAUAACUAUGGUCCCAUCGCCCAGCCCCAAGUGCCAACAGGCAGCAACAUUGACUUGAAUCGCUCCCAGCCAGAACGUUUCCAGCCAGAGCCUUAUGGGCUGGAGGACGAUAACCGCAGCCUUGGGGUAGAUGAUGAAGGGUAUGAACUGGACCCAGAUUACUCCACAGUGAACCGAAGGACAUCUGCAGGGGUGCCUGAGAGGGGGAGACCUCACAAAGGAAGGGGCUACGAUGACCCUGUUGAGACAGAGAUGGUUGACGAGAGGAUCCCUUACCUUCACGGUGGCUACGCAGCACCAUUAGCACAGCCUGAGAGGGGGAGCAUGGCUAGCAUCGAACGCCUGGGCAAGCGCUCCCCCUCCAUUGACAGCAUCCGCAAAGACCCCAGGUGGCGGGACCCUGACCUCCCUGAAGUGAUUGCCAUGCUCAGUCACCCCAUCGAUCCAGUCAAGUCCAACGCGGCAGCAUACUUGCAGCACCUGUGCUAUGAGAACGACAAAAUAAAAAAGGAUGUGAGGCAUCUAAAAGGGAUUCCCAUCUUGGUGGGGCUGCUAGAUCACCCAAAGCCAGAGGUCCAUCGCAAAGCUUGUGGGGCUCUCAGAAACAUCUCUUAUGGGAAGGAUAACGAGAACAAGGUGGCUAUAAAGAACUGCGAUGGGAUCCCGGCAUUGAUCAGGUUAUUGCGGAAGACAAAUGACAUGGAAGUCAGAGAGCUCAUUACAGGCACUCUUUGGAACUUGUCAUCCUAUGAGCCCCUAAAGAUGGUGAUCAUUAACCAUGGCCUUCAGACACUGACAAAUGAGGUGAUUAUCCCCCAUUCCGGAUGGGAGAGCGAGCCGAAUGAGGACUCUAAGCCUCGGGAUGCUGAAUGGACCACGGUGUUCAAGAACACAUCUGGCUGCUUGCGGAAUGUAAGUUCAGAUGGCGCAGAAGCUCGCAGAAGACUAAGAGAGUGUGAUGGCUUAGUGGACGCUCUCCUUCAUGCUCUACAGUCUGCAGUAGGCAAGAAGGAUACAGAUAACAAGUCUGUGGAGAACUGUGUGUGCAUUAUGCGAAACCUUUCAUAUCACGUCCACAAAGAGGUCCCAGGAGCCGACAAGUACCAAGAGCUGGAUGCAAAUCAACCUACCAGCACAGGAGGCUCUCAGAAGAAGAAAAAAGAUGACGCUGGCUGCUUUGGAGGAAAGAAAGCUAAAGAGGAGUGGUUCAAUCAAGGAAAGAAAAAUGGAGAUCUGGACAGGAACUUUGAUACACUUGAUUUGCCCAAACGGUCUGAAGCAGCAAAAGGCUUUGAACUGCUCUACCAGCCAGAGGUGGUCCGGCUCUACCUCUCGAUCCUCACUGAAAGCCAGAACUUCAACACUUUGGAAGCUGCAGCAGGUGCUUUGCAGAAUCUCAGUGCUGGAAACUGGACAUGGUCCACGUACAUCCGUGCAACAGUGCGAAAGGAGAGAGGCUUACCAGUCCUCGUUGAGCUUCUCCAGUCUGACUCUGACAAGGUUGUGAGAGCUGUGUCAAUUGCCCUGAGGAAUCUCUCUAUGGAUCGUCGCAAUAAGGAUCUCAUAGGUAGUUAUGCCAUGGGUGAACUGGUAAGAAAUUUGCCUAGCAGACAGCAGAGAUCCGCUAAAAACCUGGAAGAGGAUACAGUGGUUGCAGUCUUGAAUACCAUCCAUGAAAUCAUUACUGACAGUUCAGAAAAUGCAAGGUCCCUGAUCCAGACACAGGGCAUUCAGAAGCUGGUAGCUAUCAGCAAGUCAAGCCAGUCCCCCAGGGAAACAAAGGCAGCAUCUCAUGUUCUUCAGAUGGUCUGGAGCUACAAAGAGCUACGAAGUGUCCUACAGAAGGAUGGAUGGAACAAAUCCCAUUUCCAGUCUGUCUCUGCAGCACCAAAGGGACCCAAAGGUACAUCUGGCAAGUCUGGCUAUGACGACAGUACUCUGCCGCUGGUGGAUAAAAGCCAAGAUAAUGAGAAGGCUGGAAGUCGUGAUAUGAUUCCUCUGGAUGAACUUGGUCCAGAUGGGUACUCCACCAUCGAUCACCGGGACAAAGAGCGCAAAUACAAGACCAAUGACACUAUAGGGGACGCAUCGGAGAAAGAACCUUUAAAAAAUGACACAAAUAGGAAAAACAUUAACAGGAGUAACAGGGCUUCGGUGAAUCUGGUGGAUGCCCGUGACAUUAAACCCCAGCCUGUUGACUCCUGGGUCUAAUUUGCAUGCAUGGGCUAGAGUCCAACUGCUUUUUUUUUUUUUUUUUUUUUUUAUACUGAGGGGAAAAAACAAAUUUGAACCAACACAGAGGAUCUCAUUAAUCACCACUGCCAUUCAAAUUCGGAGGGCGCUGCAUCAGUGAACAGUCUGCAGAUUCUAGGAGGGUGUGGGGAGAAAACAGACAACUGCCAUCAGCCAACCCCGGAGCACCAUGCCUUACAGCAAGACAAUUUGCUUUUUAAAACUCAAUUACAUUCCCACCAGACACAGCCACCUCCCUUUGUCCCCCUCCCCCAAAAGAAGAAAGAAUCCAAGCUUACAUCUAACUAGUGACUCUUAAAUGAGGAUGGUGCCAAGGAUGAGAAGAGACGGUCACGUGGUGGGAAAGAGGACAGCUUUGCAAGUGAAAGAGGAACUGCAGAAUAUUUGAAAUAUAUCCUUAGGUAUAGUCAUGAGGAAACUAGCACUUUUCAUUUGUUUUUGUUUUUUGGGUUUUGUUUUGAACUGUGAAUUUAAUUUUUAAAAGAUUUUUAUAUUAGGGAGUUUGGUUUUCUUGGUUUUGAGCUUUUAUUAUUUUUUUUCACAAGAAAUGCAGGAACGUUGAGUGGGUUUGUUGGAUUUUAAAGAAAGGAGAAAAAAACUAUUUCGGCUGAUUGAAUGAACUGGAAUGUAGACAACGAAGUUGAUGCAAGCUGUAUAAUCUGCUAUUAGAGGAAGCGAUAUCACACUGUGUUAUAUUAUCAUUAUAAUCUGGUGUAAAAUACUUCUGCCUUUUGACUUCUGUAAUGGUUUUAUUUUUACUUCCACAUAUGUAAACAGUUUGUUGAAGGUUUCACUGUCCCAAUUCAGAAAUCUGUGCUGAGAAAUGGAGUUGGCUGCCUUUUUAUUUUUGUUGCUCAUGAUGAUUGCAGUAAAGGAGUUGCUUUUUCCCCCCCCAAGUGUUGAUGUUGGGUUGAUGGUUAUUUAAUCUUUAACAUAAUUUUAUUUCCCAUAGCUGUUAACACAUCGGGGAAGAAUGGAAACUUCCUCAUUAGGGAGUUCCGAUUAGAACACACUGUAAUCUGAUGCCCCUUAUAUUUUUAAUGAUAGACUUGGUUGCUAUUGGAUCCAUGCGUGUUUUCGGCUGUCGAGCCUGAUGAAAAGUAACUGAUAUAUUUCUUAAAGAAAUCAUCAUCCUGGUUUUGUUGUGUUGCUUUUUGUUUUUAGGUUGCACACUUAAGUAAGGGUAAAAUUCAGCCUCUUGCUGAGGGUCUACUCAAAGCCACCUGGUAGGCCACAGGCAGACUCUCUGCACAAGGUUGAAUUUUUGCCCCCCACAGUCACAUUUUACACACAUGCUAUCUGGUGAUGCUAUGUAUUAAAUGCAAAUCAUUGAUUUCCUUUGGGUUUUUGAUCCAAUGAGGGAGAAGGAUGAAACAAGAAUCAAAUCUCUCUCCUAGCAUUGGAUGGAUGCCUUUUACUUAUUUUGCUUAGUUACCAUUGUCAUUUGGUUGCCAUGUUUACACCUACAAGUUCUUAAAUACAGUGUGACUGGAAAGCACAUCUUUGAAUCAAGCAAACUUAAUUUUAGGUUUUCAGUGCCUGCCAUUUCCUUUGUAAAUUAAAAAUGAAGAAGAAAAAACCCACAACAAAAAACAAAAUAUUACUGUAAUAGUAAACGUCUAAUUUUUUGUACAAAAUUAAAAAACUAAAAAAAAAGCAAGCCUCAAGAGCUUUGUAUCUUCUUGAGUAUAAUAAAAUUUGACAAAUACAUAUCUAUAAAUAAAUAUAUAUAGUUGUGCAGAGGAUAGGUUGCCAAAACCGUGCAAGUAGUAUGCAGGAGGACUGUUGAUUCAGGGAAAGACUGAUGCUCGAGCUACAGGCACUAACUUGAUCCCCCUUCCCAUCCCGCUCACGCACAGAGAGGUUACGUCUGGGUCCUAAGAAAGGUGAAGUUGCUGGGAGAUUGGUUAUGUUUACCCUGGUGAGAGAGUCCUGUGAGGUCAAAGAUGCUCAGCUGGGCAAGGGAGGCAAAGACAGAUCCAUCUGUGACCAUUUGGAUUCUGAUGGGCGGGGAGUUUUUUCUUCUUGUAGAUGUAAAGCAUAGAGAGUGAAACCAGAUACAUAGUUUUACUGUAUAUUCUAACAACGGUGCUCUUUUCAUACUUGUUCUACCGAUAAGUGGAGACCCUUUUAACCAGGCUGUUACACAGAAGAGUUUUAUACUGCUUUGGGUUCUGUACCUUGUGUGUUUUUGUAUAUGAAAGGAUUUUUUAAAAAAAAAAAUUUCUGCAGCAAUUAGCAAUGGAACCUUCUUUGUGGCCUAUUAGAAGUGCAUAAGGAAAGGUCCCAGGAGACUCGGGUAUCAGAGUAUUGUAUUUACCAAAGGAGUCUCAGCAAAAGAUUACUGCAGAUAACUAGCCAAAUGUUGCAAGGCUUUUCUGCUAAGUCUUUGCGAUGUAGUCAUUCUACAAAUAUUCCAAAGCCAGGGAGAGGUAAGGAGGGACAAUGGCAAAAGGGGAAGGCUGUAGGAAAUACCCUGGGGAGAGGAGACUGGCAAUAAACUUAAAUGAUCUCCUAUGCAGAGAGAGGCCCCUCCAACAAAAACCUAGAUCUAAACACCCAUGCUAUAGGGAUGUUAAAAAUCUGGAUCAGAAUCCAGAUUGGGCAAAUGGCCUCUUUAUAAUUGGCCAAACAAAAAACACAGGGGUGUUCGAGAAGCAGAUUGUGUUUUAUAUUCUAAGCAGAAACCAUCCCACCCGAUUAGACGGAAUGGAGCUGGAUGCUUGGAAUCAUUGUGGGUGAUUAUUCUUUUCCCUUGUUUCCAGGUUUGUCUUUUUGUGACUGCUUUGUUUGCAAGGCUGCUUGCUCCUGAGUAAGACACCUCACCUCCCCCAAGUUAGUAGUAUGCGGUGUUUAUACCAAGAGGCAAAAUAUCAGGACUAUUAACAGGAGCAGUGUGGCUCUGACCACACUCACCACAAUGAAGAUUUACUCAGAGUAUGUAGCAAUAACAAGAAUUUAAUCCUGUACAUUUCACUGCUUUUCUUCUGCUCCUCUCCUGCAAGCCUUUCCCUGGACAAUGAGCAGAGAGAGGGAUCCCAGGGCUGAUUUAAGACAUGAGAAUGGCCUCCAGUGUCAGCAGCAUCAGCCAUAGACCAAAUCAGGAAACUGUUUACUUUAAAAUGAUGCUGCUGAUCAGUCCUAGCAUCACAUUUAAUCAAGUUGCAGUGGAAGCAUGCUGCAGGGGGUGGGCUCACCUGUGGGAGGCGCUCUUUUACAGAAAUGUAUUGGUGCAGGGCCGAUGUAUGGUAGCUAUAGCUAGCUGAUAACCUACUGGGACUUUUCAGGAUGUCUCCCCUUACCCAGCCCUUCCAAUCCCUCCCCCCACAACCCACCUGUUGCUUCCCAUCUAUGUUUGGGCUUCAUUUGAAAAGAUAGGGAAUGUGAAGGAAGGACGCACUAGGCAUUUUAGGAGCGUUCGAAUGCAGAGGCGGGAAAGCAAUAGUGUGUGUGACAAAAUCAGUCUGAAGUCAAGCAGCAUCAGGUCUCAGGAUUAGGCAUGCAACCGCCUCCCUGCCAUUUGCUCCAGACGCCUGCACCAUGACAGCCGGAGAUCAGGCCCACAGAGGAGCAAGAGCUAGAAAAAACACCCCAGAGUUUCUAGUGUGUCCUUGUGGAGGAAGCUAGCAGGACAGUGGGUGCAGGCUUUCUGUUGAUCAGGAGGAGGCGCGAACCUCUGUUGCCUCAGCUAGAGGGCUGUGAUAAAGUGGGGGAUAGUUUGAUUCCCUCAGGGACUCAAGUUAUCCCACGGAGCUCCGUCCCCAGGAAGCAGCCCUAGCACAGCCCAUGGCACUACGCUGUGACCACUGAAGAAAACAAGUGCUAAUUUUGGUGGGGCUCCCAUGACUCAGGAGCCCCCUGUGGCUGUAGGUUUGGCUGCUGUGUGUUGGAGUAAUAGCUGUACCGAGUCAAUAGGUUCCUACAGCUACCCAUGGUGGGCCAGGCUGUGCUCAGUGCGGGAUCCUAGGAGGGGUGCGGACAUAUGGGGCUCCAAGCUAAGCCACCUUUCUGCUCUCCUGAUUCUGGAGCUGGCCAAGUACCAGUUCACCCCUCUGCAUAACUUGGGGAGGCCCAAAGACUAGUGGCUGGACUGGUGGCCCACAGAUCAGUUUGCCAGCUGUAGAUUCCUGGAGUUUGGUGUGCUCUGGCCACCCCUCGCUAUGGUCUCAGGAAUGCCCCCUACAUAGGGUAGAGUGAAUAGUGCAGAGCAAGCACCACCCUUCUUUACCACCCAGGGAUUCCUCCUACAUCUCUCAGAGCAGCACUGUCUCUAAAACAUCAUGAAAAGGACUGGUUUUGGGGACCAGGAACUGGCCCAGGAUAGGGAGACACACAGAGGAAGCAGUGGUUUGCAAGUAUGGUUCCACCACUCCAGUAAGCUCUUACCAAUACUGAUGAGAAUUCGUGACACAUGGCCUGCUACACACAAGGCUUGUGAUAUGCAAAGCACUUUUUCACCUGGGUUCAACUCCCAGAGCAUUAGGAUAGAGGGUCUCCCACUUUCGUUACUUACCUGCAGCUUACUGUGCGGUUUAGGCUUGAUUACCAACAGGGAUGGGGGCAUUAUAAGUUCCUAGAUAGCGGAGGCAAAGCUUCUGGGGCCAAGGGCCAUAUUAAUGAGGUUGAUUUUAUUGCUUCCUGCUGUGACACUCCUCAUGGCCUCACUCUUUCUUUGAAAACCGUAAUGUGCUACUAGCUUCAGCCCAUGCUUUUGUGCUGUUGGGGUUGGGGGUCUCUGUCUCUCUCUCCCCUCCCCCCUCCCCCCCAUACUUUCAAAGGUGUUUAUAGAGGUAUAGUUUCUAGCAAAGUCUCUUCACUGUUCUGCUCCUAAAAAACUGAUGUUUCCUUACCUUUCACAGAAAGGUUUUCCUCUGAUUAUCAGUACAGUAACUAGUCUAGUGCAUUAAGGGACAGUAUUAUAAACUAUUUUUUUUCCCCUGUCUUAAAUUUACAUUGGGGUAGAAUGUUCAGAAACACGAUGGCAGGAUGAGUCAUGAGGGGGAAAGAGCAUAUGCUGCAAAACCUGCCAAUCCAGUUGAGGAUAUAAUUGUUCAGCAAAACAAAAACAUAACUAGACUAAGAUUACUGGUAAUUAGUAGCUAAUGUGUUUGUAACUAUCAUGUGCCUUAAAAUUUUCAUGGUAGGAAAAUAAAGAAAAAAAAAUCACCAAUGUGUUUUCUGUAAUACUACUCAACAUUAUCGCUGUAGUUUAGACUGGUGGGUUUUUGCAUUGUAUUUACACUGUACUAUAAACUGGAACACUUAGAAUGGUUUUAUUUUAAGAGUAAGAUGGGGGAGGGCAAUAAAAGAUAAUUAUGCUUUCAUAGAACAAAUGUUACCAUAACAGAAUGUAUUAUUAUAGGAAUUUUCCAUAACACCGAUAAGUAGAAUGCUUGUUAGAAACCAGGUAUGUAGGAUAACAGUUUGGUGUGUUUUCAAUAAACCAUGCCUGGAAAGAA